GACGGAACUGAAAUUGACAGACUGUGCGCUUCCGAUUAGUUUUGACAACCUGGAAGAAGAAAGAUAUCAUCAAACUCGGUAUAAUUUACGACGAGCCAGUAAGAGUCUUUUGCAGCCGUUUCCCCAAUUCGAUCUUGAUUUCUCCUCCUCCUAGGGUUUUUUUUUGUUUUAAAAAAAUUGUCUGUAGUUAAUGCGUUGUAAAGAUAAGGAAUUUUAAAAUAUUUACUCAAUGUCAACGUCGACAGUGUCCAUCACCGCCAAUCCAUCCUCCGUAACUACCCGCCGCCGAGCCGCCGCCGAGAAAAAACAGCCCACGGCUUUGGAUGUGUCCGACUCAAAUUUGGCGGCUGCGGUUGCCGCAGCCGCGGUUGCAUCUCCAUCCACCGCUAACGAUAAACACAAUGCUGGCGACGAUGGUGUUAAAGAUCUAAAUCAGCAUUCCAUCCGAACAGAAACUAGAGAAGCCAUUCAAGUCGUUAGAAAGCCCUUGCCUAACUCAAAUGGCACGGUACCUUCGUCUCGCCGUGCAGGGACAACGAAGAAAUUAUCCAAGCCCGAGAAACCGCGCUGGCAGACGGUGGGUAGUAUCUUGGCUAAGAAUUUAUGUCUGUUGUUGAUCCUGGUGGGGUUUGUUCAGAUUAUACGGAGAAGUUUUAUCAAUUCCGGGGGUGGAGAUGGUAACAGCCUCACAGUGAUCUCAGAUGAUUUUGAGGGGAAAUUUGUGGAACUGGAGAACUUUCUGAAGAAAACAACUAAGAUGAUGCAAGUCCAAGUGGAGGUUAUGGACAAGAAGAUAGAUGGUGAAAUUAAAACCUUGAGAAGUGAUUUUAGUGAGAAGAUUGAGGAAAUGGGUGCAGAAUUGGAGGCAAAAGUUAAGAAUUUGGAUGUAAGGAGUGAUAAUUUGAAGAAGUUGAUUACUGAAAUGGAAUCCAAGAAUUGGGUGUCUAAGCAAGACUUUGAUAAAUUUCUGGAUGAGUUCAAGGAGAAGAAUGGUGUUGAAGCUAGUGAAUUGAGUUUGGAUGAGGUAAGAGCUUAUGCUAGGGAGAUUGUGGAGAGGGAGAUUGAGAAGCAUGCAGCAGAUGGGCUAGGGAGAGUGGACUAUGCAUUGGCUUCUGGUGGGGCUAUGGUGAUGAAACACUCAGAGCCCUUUUACCCCAUGGGUGGCAGAUUUUGGAUUUCAUGGACUGAUCGGAACAGAGUUCAUACCGAUGCCCAUAAGAUGCUGAUGCCAAGCUAUGGAGAACCUGGGCAAUGUUUCUCACUUAAAGGAAACAGUGGAUUUGUCCAGAUCAGGCUAAGAACAGCCAUUACUGCAGAUGCUGUUACACUGGAACAUGUUGCUAAGAGCGUUGCGUAUGACCGGUCCAGUGCUCCAAAGGACUGCAGAGUCUCAGGAUGGCUCCAACGGCAAUAUUUGACUGAUGUAGCUGUUGAAGCUGAGAAGGUGUUUCUUUUGGCAGAAUUUAGGUACGAUCUUGAGAAGAGCAGUGCUCAAACAUUCAAUGUACUGGAAUCUGCAGCAUCUGCUGUUGUCGACACAAUCAGGUUCGAUUUUGGAUCAAACCAUGGGCAUCCCUUGCAUACAUCCAUCUACAGGCUGAGGGUACAUGGCAGUGAGCCCAACUCUAUGUCAAUGAUGCCAGUAGUGUCAUCACACCAGCAGCAGUAAUUCAUCUGUGGUUUACAUCGUUUUUUGUUCUUUCUUUCUUCCUAUGGGUGUAUUUGUGUUUGUAUUCUUCCUCGUACUGGUUGAUAUUCGAAGAAGUUCCCAAUAUUAUCCCUCACUGUCUUCGUUAGGAGUAGUAUUAUGUUCUACUUAGUAGGAGGGUAGUUGUGUAAAUUUGUUUCCUUUCUCUGCUUGACCUGAUUUGUAAGGUUGAGAGAAACUCAGCGGACGUUAUAGUUGUAGCUAGCAAUGCUCUUUUCAAAGUUUGAGUAACCUCUUAAAAAGUGAGUUUGUGUCAUUCUAUAGUACCCUACAAAAUGGUCGGGAUUAACAUGAAUAAAAAAGUAUUUGCUUCUACAUUUGAUACUUGAUAGUGAUGGAAAGGAAAAGUUAUUUUUUCUAAAGUGUACUAGAUUAAAAUGUUGUCAAAAAGGGUAAAAAUAAGACUGUUUAGUGAAUAUUUUUUGUGUGAAGUAAUGUGAAAAGCAAUUUAAG